AUGGCAGCACCGAUGCCGACGUACUCUGCCGUCGUCGCGCACGCCUCCGCGUUCCUCGGCGAGCUCAUCGCCGACCCGCUCCUCAGGCGCCACCUCCUCUCCGCCGCGGCCGCCGCGGACGGCGGCGGUGGGCAGCACACGGCCGCCACGCUCCAGGCGCUCUCCCUCAUUUCGGACGCGCUCGACACGGCCCCGUCCGCCUCGCCGUCGCCGUCGUCGCUCCGCGCAGCCGAGCGCCUCCUGCUCUCUCUCCCCGCGGCCACGCCGCUCUCCUGCCUCCUCUCCGCGAUCGCGUCCGCCGCGCGGCGCCGCGGCGGCGCGCCCUCCGCCGCGUCCGCCGUGCUCGACCUCUUCGUCCUCGACCCGGCGCUCGCGCGCCACGAGCUCGCGCCCGCGGCCUUCGAGGCGCUCUUCGCGCCGCGCCUCCUCCCCGUCAUGCGCCACUUCGCCACGCGCCGCGCGUCGGCCGCGGCCGCCGUGGCCUCCGCGGCGCAGUUCCGCGAGGACAGCAGGUCCGACGAGACGGCCGCGCUGUCGGCGAUGAGGGUGCUGUCGCUCAUGAGCGGCGCCCAGGCGCAGGAGAUGAGGGGCCUGGAGCGCGAGUACGAGAUGGUGCUCGACGUCAACUGCAAGGCCUACGCGCUCUACCUAAAGAAGAUCCUCGAAGCCGGAGAGACGGAAAGGCUGCCGCCGCCACCUCCUCCUCCGGAGCUUGUUUUCACAGUCGGAGACGGCGACAUGAGCGCCGGCGACGAGGAAGCCUCGACGGACGCCGAUGAUGGGGCUCUCAGCUUCGUGCGGGACAAUCCGAUGUGGGCGGAGGCGGAGGGCGACCUGUACCCGCGGCAGGGGAGCAUCAAGGGACGGAGGGAACUGAUGAGGCCGCCGAGCCUGUACCCGCAGCGCGUGUCGCCGCACCUCAUAGUGCAGCAGCAAAGGCAGUCACCGCAGGUCGGAAGAUCGGGAAGAUGGAGCCCAGCGCCUAGACUCCGAGAAGAGCCCUCGCCGGCCACGCCUUCGGAUGACAGCACGGAGGAUUCUUCCAUCGAGCUCUACACCGGCAAACAGGAAAAGCACGCGGCGUCGCCUCUGUCCAAGCCACGUAAAGCGCAGCCACGCGAUGACGACGGCGCCGGCUGGGCCCGUUCUUCUCCGGAGCCAUCGAGCUCCCCGAUGGGCGGCUACGCCGACCUGGCGCGGCAGCAGCAGCAGCAGCAGGCGGCGUCGACGCCCAAGGACUUCGUGUGCCCGAUCACCAGCCAGGUGUUCGACGACCCCGUCACCCUCGAGACCGGCCAGACCUACGAGCGCCGCGCCAUCCAGGAGUGGCUCGACCGCGGCAACGCCACCUGCCCCAUCACCCGCCAGCACCUCAACGUCGGCAGCCUCCCCAAGACCAACUACGUCCUCAAGCGCCUCAUCGCCGGCUGGCUCGAGCAGAACCCGCCCGCCACGCCGGCGCCGCCCAUCACGCCCAUUACUCCCGCCACGCCCGCGCUGCCGGUGGCGAGGACGCCUUCCGCGAGGAUGGAGGCCCCGCCGCCACUUCCCUUCAAGAUCAACUCGCCGUCCCCGGACAACACCGGCAGCCAGGCGAGCGCGCCCUCGCCGACCAGCGUCAUCGUGCAGGCCUCCGUGGACAGCGCCAUCGGCGAGCUCCGCGCCGCGGUGUCCUGCCUCUGCACGUCCGAGGAGCUGGCCGAGUCGGAGAAGUCCGUGCUCAGGAUCGAGCGGCUCUGGCGCGAGGCCGGCGCCGCGGAGCACGCGUUCUUCUCCGCGCUGGCCAAGCCCGCCGUCAUCAACGGCUUCGUCGAGAUCCUCUUCAACUCCGUCAGCGCGCAGGUGCUGCAGGUGGCCGUCUUCCUCCUCGCCGAGCUCGCCUCCCGCGACGACGGCGUCGUGCAGACGCUGACACGGGUGGACACCGACGUCGACUGCCUCGUCGCGCUCUUCAAGAAAGGGCUCGUCGAGGCUGUCGUGCUCAUCUACCUUCUCAGUCCUUCCGUGGAGCAGCUCGUCGAGAUGGACAUGGCCGAGGCGCUGGUGGCCGCCAUCCGGCGAGUCGAGGAGGCAGACGCGCUGAACAUGUGCGUCAAGCCCAAGGCCGCGUCGGUGAUCCUCCUCAGCCAGAUUCUCUCCGAAGCAGGCGUCGGCAUUGGCAAUGAAACCACGCCGCCGGUGCCUAGGUCAGCGCUGGUGUCCGAGAGGUUCGUCAGGAGUACGGCUCUGGUCUUGGACGCCGAGCAGGUCGAGGUAAGGGUAGCCGCAAUGAGGAUCCUGCUACGAUGCAUCGCGGAGGACGGCCACUGCCGGAGCAGCAUCGUCGACAAGCUGGCGCUGGGCCCCGUCCUCGACGCCUUCCACGUCGUCGGCGACGCAGACAAGUUCGACAUCGUUCGGUUCCUCUCCGAAAUUCUCAAGCUGAAAAAGCGAUCGGCAGCAGAGCGUGUUCUUCGGGCGAUCAAAGAGGGAGGAUCCUUCAGCAUGAUGCACACGCUCCUCGUGUAUCUUCAGUCCACCACGCCGGAGCAGAGCCCCGUCGUCGCAGGGCUUCUUCUUCAGCUUGAUCUUUUGGUGGAGCCGAGGAAGAUAAGCAUGUACCGCGAGGAGGCGAUGGACAGCCUCGCUGACUGCCUCAAGAACUCCGAUUUCCCGAGGAGCCAGCUCCUCGCCGCCGAGACAAUCAUGAACCUGCCCGGAAAGUUCUCCUCGUCGGGGCGGCCGCUCGCCCGGUCGACCCUGCUGAAGCUCGCCAGGGUGAAGGAGAGAUACCGGCCGCCGCAGUCGCAGGAGCUGAGCGUCGUCCGCGGAGCCGACGCCGGCGGCGAGGACGACGCGGCCGCCGAAGACAAGGCAGCGUGGGAGUGGGAGAGGAAGACGGCGUACGCGGUGGUGAGCCACGAGUUCGGGCUGGCGCUGGAGGCCCUGUCCGAGUGCCUCGAGAGCAAGAACGCGGAGCUGUUCGCGGCCAGCCUCGUGUGCGCCGUCUGGCUCGUCCACAUGCUCUCCCUCCUACCCGACACCGGCGUGCUCGGCGCGGCCCGGGUCUGCCUGCUCCGGCAGCUCGUGCUCGUCCUCAGGUCCGCCAAGCACGGCAGCGACAGGGCCCUCGCCAUGGUGGCGCUCAGGAGCUUCAUGAACGAUCGUGAGGGAAUGCAGGACAUCGCGACGUACAUCAAGGACGUGCUCAGGACCCUGAGAGAGCUGAAGAAAUCGUCCGGGCUAGCGUUCGAGAUGCUCAAGCUGCUCUCAGAUGGCCAGGAGUCUAGCAUCGACAUGUGGAACCACAAAGAGCUUAAUCAAGCCGAUUGCAGCUCGAACGGCGAGGUCACGUCGAUCGUCUACUUCAAGAACUACAUCUUCUCCGGCCACUCUGACGGAACUCUGAAGGUUUGGGAGGGAAGUGAGAACAUUCUUCGGCUCGUCCAAGAAUCUCAGGAGCACACCAAAGCAAUCACCAGCUUGUCCAUCCUGCCGUCGGAGGGGAAGCUCUACAGCGGAUCAAUGGACAGAACUAUACGGGUAUGGCAGUUCCGGGACGGCCUCCGGUGCGCGGAGGUGCACGACACGAGGGACCCUGUGCAGAACCUUGCGGUGGCCACCGCCAUGGCGUGCUUCGUGCCGCAGGGCGCCGGCGUCAAGGCGCUGAGCUGGAACGGCGGCAGCCCCAGGGUGGUGAACCCGGGCAAGUCCGUGCGCUCCAUGGCGCUUCUGCACGGCAAGCUCUUCUGCGGCUGCAACGACGGCAGCAUCCAGGAGGUCGACCUGGCCACCGGGACGCUGGCCGUCAUCCAGGCCGGGAACAAGAGGAUCCUCGGCAAGUCCAACCCCGUCUACUGCCUGCAGCUCCACGACGGCCUGCUUUACACCGGCGGCGCCUCUCUCGACGGCGCGUCCGUCAAGAUAUGGAACAGCACGAACUACAACCUCGUCGGGUCGAUACCGUCGCCGGCGGAGGUGCGGUCGCUGGUGGUGAGCGCCGACCUCGUGUACCUGGGAUCGAGGAACGGCGCGGUGGAGAUCUGGUCCAGGGAGAAGCUCAUCAAGAUCGGGGCACUCCAGGCCGGCGGCCCCGGCUGCCGGGUCCAAUGCAUGGCGGUCGACGCCGACGGGGACGUCCUCGUCGUCGGAACCUCCGACGGCAGAAUUCAGGCUUGGGGAUUGACAUGAGCAGCGGCAGAUUAUCGGGUGCAGACUGCAGAGGGGGAGAUGAAGGAAUAAUUAAUUGGUAUUCAUCUUUGUCCAGAAUGCAGAAUAAACAGGGGAUACAAAGAUGCCAAACUUGUAAAAAUGCAAUUUCAUUAUUAUAUAUUGUGGCAAGCUGUA